AUGAGCAGUCGGACAGGUACAAAACUAAAAUUAACGACAAAAUUCGAUUUUCUCAAAAUUUUCAGGCGACGAUGGUCCGCCGACUCUUGCCGCCGACAUCUCUCGGUUUUGGGUGGCUUUUCAAUCGCGAGGACAGAAGGAUCAACUGAAAAAGCGGAUUGUGGAGAUGCCGUUCGUCGAUACGCAGUUUCCGUCGACGACCUACUCGGCCGCCACCAGAAAUCACCUGAAAAUCCGCGAAUUCAUGCCGAAAGACAAGCAAACAUACGGCGUAUUUGUGGAGAGCGAGGAGAGAAAGUGCGUAAUUUGUCAUCAAGAGGAAAAUGAGCAGGACGACGAGCUCAUCGAGUGUCAGGGAACGAUUAAUGGAGCCAGUAGACGAGUAUGCUGCAAGAGCAAGUUCCAUCAGACUUGCAUUAUGGUGAGUUGGCCAACUAGAACUGGAAAAGGGGAAACAUUGCAUUUCAAGAAGAAAAAUUGCACUAGAAUCAUUGAAAGUCCAUGUUUGUUUGCAGAAAUACAACCACGGCUCAUUCCUCUUCCAGUACGCCGCCUUCCCCGAGUGCCAGAACCGUCUGCUGUGCCCGCUUCACUGCUGCGCCGCCUGCAACGUCAAUCACCGAAAACAGUCGGCCUACGUCGGCGAGCUCACCGAAUGCGCCGUCUGUCUCCGUUCUUUCCACUCGGAUACGUGUGUUCCCACCGGCGCCAAACUCAUUGCCGUCGAGUUUCCGAUGCGCGCCGGCCGAUCCGUCAACAUUCAGAUGAUGGUUUGUCCGGCGCACGCGUCGCUGAAGAAAACGGGCAGUCAUAUUGCGGCGUGUCAGAGUUGCGAAGACCCGACGGACCUUGUGAAGUGUCGCACUUGCGUCAGAUCGUUUCAUUUGAAAUGCCGCGAAACGCAGUACAUCGACGAGAAGGAUUUGGAUCCGAGCGUUUGCGAUUUCUGCCUCUGCGACGACGUCAUCCGGCUGAACGUUCCCGUGCUCGUCAGAAGGAGAAAUGGUGCCUUCUAUCUGGCGAUUACUCGUCCGUGGGACUCUUAUCCGAAGCACCAGCAGAAAUCGGCGUCCAAGUUCACAACGUUGGGCUAUACGGUCGUCGAAUGGCCGGUGGAGAACGCAAAGUCGAUCGUUUCGCUCGCCGACAUUUCUGCGUUGACUCAGAGCUAUUUGAGAACGGCCGCCCACAAUGUGAGGCAGACGUGGCAGAAGACGUUGGACGAUUUCGACGAGUUCGAGGAUUUCCCCUCGCUUUAUAAAGAAGUCUGCAAAAAUGGACAGGUUAGAAAAGACUUUUCACCCACUUGCAAUCAUUGAUUAUCGGUCUUGGUGUGGAGUGUCUACCUUAAAAAUUGCAGCUCGAUCGGUUCAUCCGAUCUUGAGAUAUAUUGAUUUGAAGCGGAAAAUCCCUAGUUUUUGCAGAAAAUGAGAGCUUUUCGCGCUCAAAGCAAUAUAUAUAUAUAUAUAGAAGAUCCGAUCGAGCGCAAACUUUCAAGCAAGACACUCCAAGCCAAGACGAAUAAUCGUGCAAAGUUAGCGCCCGAUAGGAUAAUAGAAAUUUGAUUUUAGAAAUCUCGGUAUGUGUGCGCAAAGCCACAACGGAUCGAUCGCUUCUACGAGGUCGGCAUCUGCAGCUGCGAGGGUCCGGAUCGGUGCACGACCAUCGACUGCCCCUACUUCAUGUGCGACCACGAAUGCCCGCCGGUGUGCGCGCAGAACGGACGGAUCUGCAACAACCGGAACGUCUCGGACCGAAAAGUGCAUCCGUUUAUGGAACGAAGAAAAGCGGGCGCGAAAGGAUUCGGGGUGUUCGCGACGGGACCCAUCAAAAAAGGCGAAUUCCUGUCCGAGUACGUCGGCGAGAUUAUCGACAAGCGGGAAAAAGAGCGGAGAAUGAACGUGCUAAGCGCUUCGAUGGACUUUGAGGCGAGCCUCUACAUGAUGGACUUGCGCAACGGGCUGACGGUCGACGCGGCGAGGUACGGAAACAUCUCGCGAUAUAUGAAUCAUUCGUGCGAUCCGAACGCCGGCUCGUUCAGCACCAAAGUGUUCGUGAAGACGGAUCGGGAACAGAGUGUGUACGAGUGCCGCACUUUUGUGAAGGCAAUUCGAGAUAUCGCGCGCUGCGAGGAGAUCACUAUCAACUACGGAAUGCGGCACGCGUCGGUUCACACGUGUUUGUGUGGCGCCAAGAAUUGCAGCGGAAAAUUUGAACGCGGGAAGAAGGACGAAUCGGAUCAAAGCGAGGACGAAGAGGAGAAGAAGGAGCAGACACCGAGAAAGAAAAUAUCUCCGAGAAAACGAAAGGCUUCGACGACUUUGCCGACCUUCGACCUCCAAAGAGCCGUCAAAACUAAGAUCAUCGACGAUGAGUACGAAAAGGCGAGCAUCUCCAAGCCGGCGAAACGAGGCAGACGCUCGUUGCAAGAGGGGAAAACGGACGAGAAAUCGCCGAUUUCGAAGAGACGACGUUCGGCCGUCGCGGUGAGCCAAAAAUGAAGUGAAUCGUUAAUUUAUCUUUAUUUUUUCCUUGCAGGACCCUCCCGUUGGUUCCAGCAGACGAUCAAGAGCUCUGUCGGAAGCAGUCGCCACUCCUCGUUCCCGUGCUCAAUCCAGAGCCAGAUCGUCGUCUAGAGCUCUGUCCAGAGCAGAGCCGCCUGCGCCAACACUGUGUCGAUCGCUCCGAACGUGGACACCGCUCAAGGCGACUUCGCCUGUUCGCGUUUCGAGAAAAAGGUCAGAGGCAUUGAUUCCAACGACUCGCUAACUAUAAAUUAUAGAACUUACUAGAUUUCUUACAGUUUCCCAUAAUGUUUUAUUCUAUAGUUUCCCAUAGUUUUAUCGCCACAGAGAUGGUCAAAGGACUUCGACUCACUUGCUAUGA